AUGUGUUAUACUUGCAUUAAUGUACUUAGAAGAGAAGAAGCAUAUAAGAAUAAAUUUACAAACACAAAAAAAGAAUGUAUACGUUAUUUUCGAAGCUAUUCAAGUUUUGCAGCUACAUAUACAUCUGAACAGAUAAAUGAAUUGCUUGAUAAAGCUAAAAAAGAUAGAGUUAAGUCUAAUAAGCCAUCUGAAAAGGUACUCAAUAUAACACAGAUACGAGCUUCUAUACAACAAAAACUAAAAUUUAAAGAAAUUGAUAAAGAGGCAUGUAAGUUUAAAGCUGUGAAUAUAUUAUUACCCAUAUUAAAUGAAGCUGAUAAUGAUGGAUACGGUAUACUUGAUAUAUCGGAUAGUGAAUCGUCUGAUAAAGAUGAUAAUAUAAAUCAAAGUACUGGUAAUAUACAAACAGUAAAUGAUUGGUGA